GAAGAGCAGACAGAUGGAGCACUUUUGUAACUGUUGUGUGUGUGUGCACUUCAUGUUGUUACUGUUUUACUAUGUGUGUGUCUUAUAUUACAGCCAUGCUGAUCAUCAGUGGCCAGAGAGAGGAGAGGGAGGAAAAGCCUGUUUACACAGACUGCAAACCGCCUGGGGAAUAAUGCAGGAAAGGAAGUGAGCCGGCUCUCUGUCUGACUGCUCCAACUUCCUGCUCACACACACACACACACCACUGAAAAAAAAAAGAAAAGAAAGAAAAAAAAUCAGGAUCUCAUUACAACAGAAACGCUCGCAGACGACUGUCAGCAUGGAAGACGAAGGGAUUUUUACCAAUUUCUUCCUAGAAAACUAAUAAGUUCCCAGAGUCCAGCAAGAGUUUGGGUAUGGAGAGUGCAAUUACUCUGUGGCAGUUUCUGUUGCAAUUGCUUCUCGAUCAGAAACAUGAGCAUCUCAUCUGCUGGACAUCUAACGAUGGAGAAUUCAAGCUGCUCAAAGCAGAGGAAGUGGCCAAGCUAUGGGGACUGCGGAAGAAUAAAACUAAUAUGAACUAUGACAAGCUGAGUCGAGCCCUUCGAUAUUACUAUGAUAAGAACAUUAUUAAAAAGGUCAUUGGACAGAAGUUUGUCUACAAGUUUGUGUCCUUUCCAGAAAUCCUAAAAAUGGAGACUCAUGCUGUGGAGAUGAGCCGGGACAGUCUAUUGCUGCAGGACAGCGAUUGCAACAUCCCGAAUGAACUCCAUGAGAGACACAAGCAAACCUUGUCUGCAUUAAAAAGUGCUAGUCGCAACGAGUACAUCCACUCAGGCCUGUAUUCCUCCUUCACUAUAAACUCACUGCAACAUCAGGGAGAGUACAAAGUUAUCAAAACCGAAAGCAUGCAAGAUGAGGAUGAGCCACAAGACGAUGGAGAAGAUGAAGAGGAGGAGGAAAAGGCUGAAGUCAAGAGUCCAGUAGAGGAAGUCAGGACUGUUAUAAGAUUUGUUACUAACAAAACGGACAAAGAAAUCAUUCGACCUGUCAUUUCUUUGCCCUCUACAUCAGAAUCGGCAGCUGCCUCUGCUUACUUAGCAUCAUCUUUGUCUGCUAAAGGAACUUCCUAUAUAUCAUCCAAUACAACUAGUGUUUCCUCUUCUCCACGCUCCUCACGAUCCCCAUCCUUGUCCCCCAAUAGAUCCUUCUCUAAUGAGCAAAGGAGUGUAUUUUUAGAUUAUCCUGACACCAACGAACCAUUAAAUCUCUCAGCAGGAUCCAAAACAAAGCUGUCCUAUCAUCCCCCCAAAGCAAAGAAACCUAAAGGAUUAGAAAUCUGCUCUCCACCUCUUCUGCUCUCCAGUAGUGAUAUAGGCUCAAUUGCUCUGAACAGCCCAGCACUUCCCUCAGGAUCUCUGACACCAGCUUUCUUUACUGCUCAGACACCCAAUGGAUUACUGUUGACCCCAAGUCCUCUUCUAUCAAGCAUCCACUUCUGGAGCAGUCUUAGUCCUGUAGCUCCAUUAAGUCCUGCCAGGCUGCAAGGACCCAACACAUUGUUCCAGUUUCCAAACCUGCUGAACAGUCACCUGCCAAUGCAGCUACCAGGGUUGGACAGAGCAUCAUCUCCAGUGCUGCUAUCAUCUAACUCACAAAGAUCCUGAUGAAGUUUGAGUGCCCUAUGGACUGACUGGUUAAUUCAUUUAGUGAUGAAACAUGUUUUUUUACACGUGGACUGGCCUGGAGUUACCAAGACACUGAUCACAACACAAACCGCUCCAAACUGAAGCACUGGCAGACACCAUUGUCUUUUUCCCCCCUGGAUUCUUUCUCCAAGGGAUAUUUGUAUGACUAUGUGUAGUUGGGGAAAAGGUGUGCUUGUGAUAUGUUUAAUGAAGGAAAACAUACCUCAUAAGGUAGGGCUAAGGGGGAAAAAUUUGAUCAAAUACGGACUGUUAAAAGAAAAGUAUUUGAGGCCGAAGAAUGUUCUGGAUGUGGUGUACUAGUCAUUGCUUAAUUAUUCAUAGACACUACUGAUGAUUGGAUGGUCAAAACCAGAGGCUUUUUCAUUAGGUUUACCUAAGGUAGGUAUAUGUACAUUGUGAGAUAUACAAUGUAUGCCAAUGUACAAGUGUUACACAUACUUUGGCCCUGUGUAGGCCUAAUACAGACGGACUGCUUGCUACACUGCUGCCCAAACUCAGAUUUACUGUUCAAUCUUGGAUGUUGAAAUAUAAAUCAUAAUCGCUGAUCUACAAAAGUCCUUUAAAAAGAUCUGUUGGCUCUUACCUCCAGCUUCCCAGGAGAAAGAUCAAUCUGUAAGAAUGCUCUACAUUCCUCCUUCUACCACCAUUAAAGCUGUGGUCUAGGUCAGGUAGAACACUGUAAUAAUGCUGUUUGACAUCAAUUCCUGUGCAACACAAAAUGUAUUUAGAAGAUGGACAGGGGAGCAAUGCAUCUAAUCUGAAGGUGUCCAAAGCACUACGUUUAAAAAAAGUUAAAGUUAAACUGUUAACAUUAGUGUUAAAUUGUGUGGGUUUAAAAAA